AUGCCAGCAAUGGUUACUGGUGCAACUGAUGGAAUAGGGAAGCAAUAUGCCAUCGAACUAGCCAAGAAAGGAAUGAAUAUUUGUUUGAUUUCAAGAUCAGAGACAAAACUCAUUGAAGUUGCGAACUAUAUUGAACAAAAUCAAAAAGUGAUUACAAAAUUCAUCGUAGCUGAUUUUUCAAAAGGAAAAAUAAUUUAUGAUAAAAUAAGAACGCAUCUUGAUCCACUGGAUAUAGGAAUUUUAAUUAACAACGUUGGUGUCAUGCACGAGUGUCCAGACGAAUUUGAUGAAUUAUCAGAAGAUUCAAUAUGGGAAAUGAUAAGCGUUAACAUUGGAGCUGUAACAAUGAUGACAAAAAUAAUUAUUCCAAAAAUGAAGCUUAAAAAUCGUGGAUUAGUGCUUAAUGUGUCAUCUGGAGCACAUUGUCAGCCAAUGCCAUUAGCAGCUGUUUAUGGGGCUACAAAAAGUUAUACGAAAACUUUUACAAUUGCUCUUAGGAAAGAACUUGCAGAAUAUAAUGUGAAAGCUCACUUAUUAAUCCCAAUGUUUGUGAGGACUAAGAUGACUGAUUUUACAACAACACCAAAAAGUGGAAAUAUUUUCUUUCCAAAUGCUGAAAGUUACGUAAAAGCUACAAUAAACACAUUGGGAUAUUACUCUCAAACAUGUGGAUAUUGGAACCAUAAUAUUCAGUACAUAUUACUUAACUUAAUUCCGGAAUUUGUUCGGGUAUUUAUCGCGCACAAAGUCAACAAAGUAUUCAGGCAACAAUAUUACAAUCAACAGAAGGUGAAGCAAAUUAUUUGA